AUGGAGCCCUCAGACAUCCCGGAGUCCACCACCAUUUAUGACUAUGACCCUCAGAGCUUCCUGUGUGAGAAGAGGACGUUCGUCUUCGCCACCAUCAGCACCACCAUCCUGUACUGCCUGGUGUUCUUUCUCAGCAUGGUGGGCAACAGCCUAGUGCUGUGGGUCCUGGUGAAGUAUGAGAGCCUGGAGUCCCUCACCAACGUCUUCAUCCUCAACCUGUGCCUCUCAGACCUGGUGUUCUCCUGCCUGUUGCCCGUGUGGAUCUUGGGGUACCACUGGGGCUGGGUGCUGGGAGACUUCCUGUGCAAGCUCCUCAACAUGGUCUUCUCCGUCAGCCUCUACAGCAGCAUCUCCUUCCUGACCAUCAUGACCAUCCAUCGCUACCUGUCGGUGGUGAGUCCCAUCUCGUCCCUGCGCGUCCACACGCUCCAGCGCCGUGUGCUGGUGACCGCCGCCGUGUGGGCAGCCAGCAUCCUGUCCUCUAUCCCCGAUGCCAUCUUCCACAAGGUGUUCCCUUCGGGCUGUGACUAUUCGGAACUUGAGUGGUUCCUCGCCUCUGUCUACCAGCACAACGUCAUCUUCCUACUGUCCGUGGGGGUCAUCCUGUUCUGCUACGUGGAGAUCCUCAGGACCCUGUUCCGCUCGCGGUCCAAACGGCGCCACCGCACCGUGAGGCUCAUCUUUACCAUCGUGGCGGCGUACUUCCUCAGCUGGGCUCCCUACAACCUGAUCCUGUUCCUGCAGACACUGUUGAAACUGGGGGUCAUUCAGAACUGCGAGUUCAGCCAGCAGCUGGAUUACGCCCUGCUCAUCUGCCGCAACGUUGCCUUCUCUCACUGCUGCUUCAACCCUGUGCUGUAUGUCUUUGUCGGGGUCAAGUUUCGCAGGCACCUCAAAAGUCUGCUCCGGCGCUUCUGGCUCUGCCGGCAGCAGGCGCCCAGCCUUCCCCCGUCACCUCACCCCCCAGGUGCCUUCACCUACGAGGGCACCUCCUUCUACUGA